AUGGUAGAAACCCUCAUGCCGCACCUCGCCCGGUUGCUCCUGGCCUCUCUCGCAAACUAUGGCUUCACUCAUGCCAGUGCCUUGCCGGAAGUUGUCUUUAGACCAACCACAGAUGGAUCCCUUGGUGCCGUUGCUAGCGAGAGUGCCGAGUGCAGUGCUAUUGGCAGAGACUUGUUGGCUCGAGGCGGCAAUGCUGCAGAUGCCCUGGUAGGGACCACAUUUUGUGUCGGCGUCAUCGGCAUGUACCACUCUGGCAUUGGCGGAGGUGGAUUCGCAAUGGUCCGUGACUCCGCGGGUAACUAUGAGGCAGUCGACUUUAGAGAAGCUGCUCCUGCAGCAGGCCAUGAGGAUAUGUAUCAGGGCAAUGUCCGUGGAAGCAUAUACGGCGGCCUAGCUGUGGGAGUACCAAGUGAGGUUCUCGGGCUGGAAUACAUUCAUAGCAAAUAUGGUUCACUGCCAUGGAAGACCGUCAUGCAAGGCGCCAUUCAUGUGGCCCGCCACGGCUUCAGGGUUUCAAACGAUUUAGUACGCUACGUCGAGCGCGCUGUCAAGGAGAGGCCCAAUUUUUUGGUGGAGGAUCCUAACUGGGCACAAGACUUUGCCCCCAACGGGAGUCUUCUCCAGGUCGGCGAGAUAAUGACAAGAAAGCGUUAUGCCAACACUCUGGAGAAGAUUGCAAAUCAAGGCUCCAAGGUCUUUUACACAGGCGAACUCGCGGAAACAUUGGUCAACUACAUCCAACAAACAAACGGCACCCUGACAUUGUCCGACUUCAAAAACUACAAAGUUAUAAGUCGGCCUGUCAAAAACGUCACCUACCGUGGCCUCCAUCUGUACACUAUGGGCACUCCUGCCAGCGGUUCUAUAACUCUCAACAUUCUCAAAAUCAUGGAGCAGUUCGACGUAGCAGACUCGAAAGACACGAAUCUCACAUCUCAUCGCUUUGUAGAAGCCAUGCGCUUUGGGUACGGCGCUCGUGCUGAGCUUGGCGAUCCAGCGUUUGUGGAGGGGCUAGAUGAAUACGAAGCGCAUCUGUUAGAUGCGGCUCACGCCAAGCAGAUUAGGGAGCGUAUUUCUGAUGAGCAGACUCUCCCGGUGAGGGAGUAUGAUCCCAAGGGUGUGGCAUUGCCCGAGAGUCACGGGACGUCGCAUAUCGUCACGGCUGAUAGGUCUGGGAUGGCCACGUCGCUUACUACGACUGUGAAUUUAUUGUUUGGUGCGCGGAUCAUGGACCCAUCAUCCGGUAUUAUUUUAAACAACGAAAUGAAUGACUUUUCCAUACCCGGUGUUCCCAAUGAAUUCGGCUUCCAACCCUCCGUCGCCAACUUCAUUCGCCCCGGAAAACGGCCCCUAUCCAGCGUGGCCCCUGUCAUCGCCGCAUUUCCCGACGGCAAGCUGUUUGCCACUGUUGGAGCAGCGGGUGGUUCUCGCAUCAUUUCUUCCACUACAAGUGCUCUAUGGCGUACCAUUGAGCAAGGGAUGACCAUGAAAGAGGCGCUUCGCGAGCCGCGUCUUCACGACCAAGUGAUGCCGAAUACUCUACUUCUGGAAUAUGGAUUUGAUGCUGAAACGGCGGCAGGGCUCGGGGAGAGGAAGCACAAUAUUACGUGGGUGGGACCAGGUUUGAGUGCUGUUCAGGGUAUUAGGAGGCUGCGCGAUGGGUCAUUUGAAGCGGCGAGCGAGCCUAGACAGAAGAAUAGCGGAGGCUUUACAAUAUAG